AAGAGGGUCUUUCUCGGUCUGUAACGGUCACCAUCUCCGUCAUAUUUUUUUUAUUUUACGUCUGGAAUCAUUCAUCUUUUCCCACCAUUAUGGCGGCCGCUGUCCGCCUCCUUCCCGUCGUCACGUUGGCGCUGAUGUCCUGUUUACCCGCCGCGUUGUCCUCGCGCAGAGACGUGCUCGAGCUCGGUGACGCGGACUUCGACUACCUGGCAACGGAACACGAGACCAUGCUGGUGAAAUUCUACGCUCCGUGGUGUGGUCACUGUAAGAAAUUGGCUCCAGAAUUUGAGAAAGCAGCGACCAGACUGAAGGGAACUGUCCAGUUAGCAAAGGUAGACUGUACCGCUCACUCAGAGACCUGUGGUCGUUUUGGGGUCUCCGGUUAUCCCACUCUUAAGAUUUUUAGGAGUGGAAGAGACUCUGCCCCCUACGACGGACCUCGCACAGCAGACGGAAUCUAUCACUACAUGAAGAAGCAAACCGGUCCAGACUCAGUUCACCUGAAGACAGAGGAAGACCUCCAGACCUUCAUUAACCACUAUGAUGCCAGUAUCAUAGGUGUGUUUUCAGGUGCAGACAGCUCUCAUCUGUCAGAGUUUCUGAAAGCUGCAGGUCUGCUCAGAGAACAGUUCAGAUUUGCUCACACCACUGACCUGAAGCUGGGGGAGGGGCACGGAGUUCACUCUGAGAGUGUGUUGUUGUUCAGACCUCCCAGACUGACCAACAAGUUUGAGGACAGCGUCGUGGUCUUCAGAGAUUACCUGACCAUCGGAUCUCUGAGACGCUUCAUCAGAGACCACAUUUAUGGUCUGUGUCCUCACAUGACUCUGGAGAACAGGGAUCGUCUGAGAGUUCGUGACCUGCUGACAGCGUACUAUGACCUUGACUACCAUCACAACACCAGAGGGUCCAACUACUGGAGGAACAGGGUAAUGAAGGUGGCGGCAAAAUACACUGGGCGGGGCUUGACGUUCUCAGUAGCCAAUAAGAAGGACUUCCUGUCUGAGCUGGAGGAAGACUUCGGGUUGGGGAUGUCAGACGGAGGAGAGCUGCCAUUCGUCACGAUCCGGACCAAACUGGGCCACAAGUACACAAUGAGAGAGGAGUUCACGAGGGACGGUCAGUCCUUGGAGAGAUUUUUGGAUGAUUACUUCACAGGUCGACUCAAACGUUACGUCAAGUCUGAACCCAUACCUGAGAGAAACUCCGCUGCUGUCAAGCUAGUUGUUGCUGAGACCUUCGAUGACGUCGUUAAUGAUCCAAAUAAAGAUGUUCUGAUAGAGUUUUACUCUCCAUCCUGUCCACACUGCAAGAAACUGGAGCCGGUCUACAAAGAGCUGGCUGACACGCUGUUUUCUGAUUCAGACAUUGUCAUCGCCAAGAUGAAUGCCAUUGAUAACGAUGUCCCGCUGGGCUACGAUGUUCAAGGGUUUCCAACCAUUUACUUUGCUCCAGUGGGUAAAAAGGACGAGCCCAUACGAUACGAGGGGGGUCGAGAGCUCAAAGACUUCCUGAAGUUCCUGAAGCGCGAGGCGAGUCACAGUCUGGUCUUCAGCGGGUCCAAGGACGAACUCUGACACAUCCAUUGUCCACCAAUCAGGUCUGAUUACAGGGAUGCAACCAACUGGUUUCCAUGACAAUGAACAUGCAGGGGGAGGGCGAAAAAGGAGUCCUGAUCCUGGCUGAUCCUGAAUCUGGACCUGAUCCAGAGACAGUCAUUGAUGAAAGGACAGCUGCUGGUUUUACCAGAUACCCCAGAUACCACAAAAAACCUGUCCAUCAUGAUGAAUUUGCCAUCACAUGACAUCAUCAGACUGUGUGCUGCCAUGUGACUGUCAGCUGAUUAAUUUUGAAGUUAUUUAUUAGUUUUGUUUAUUUAUUUCAUGGGUCAUGUGGGACAGAGGGCACGGUCAGUGCUCACCCAUGGUGACUUUUUUGGUGACUCCUAAAGGGCAUUCUGGGAAACGUAGUGAAUAAGUGAUUGAGCACAACUGAUACUGGAUGUGUGAGGCCGAUACUGUAAAAAACAAAAACAGCUGUGAUUUAAUGACAUAAAAUAAGUCAGAAUUUGGCAAAUUUCAAUAUCACAACAUAAAUAAAUAAUAAGAUGCAAUGAGUUCACACAACAAAACGUUUGGUUUUAAAUGUUAGUUCAUAAAUUACAGAUUAGGUGGUUUUUUAAAGUACCAACUCUUCUCCUGUUGCCUUCAGAUUAGAAUAAGACUAACUGACAUUUUAGCCAUUGAUUAAUUUUCAGAUUGAUUUUAAUCAAUUCGUUUUUUCAAAGGUGACGUCUUAAAAUGUUUUAUUGUGUCUGAAACCCAAAGAUCUUCAGUUACUGAGACAGAAAACAUGAGACACUGAUGGUGGAGGUUUGUGUCACAAAUGGUUCAGAUUAUUUCUCCGUCAUCAAAAUCAUUAUCUGACAGGCUAAUUGACAGUUUCACCUCACUGUUGGUUAAAACUCAAACCUCUGGCUGCAGCUGAGGAAUCAUAAACAGAUAAUCAAGCCGGUCGUCGAUCGACUCGUUAAAUCACCUGCUGACACUUUUCAGAUGCAUACAUGUGAAAACUUUGUUGCUCAGGUUGUCGUCACACUCCUGUUUGUAAAGUCUAAGGCUUCUGAGUUCAAAUAAAACACAGAAGAAGAGAUUUUAUCUUACUGUAUAAUUUCAUUUCAAAAUAAAACCUUAGAUAUUUUCCUGUCAUGUGGUUCUGAGCAAUGAUGAAUAUUUAUUUUGAUUUUAUGCACAAAAGCAGUGGAACUUUUUUGUUAAUCUCAUCUGUGGAUUUUAUAUUUGUUUCUGAAUGACAGACUUUAUUUUUUGGAUGUAUAUGAAGUCUCUUUGUUUACUGAUGCAAACAUGUAUUCUGAGCCUUAUGACUGUCAGAAGAAAUUAUUUACUGUUUACACUGAAGAGGAGCUGAGAAAAUUUAAUAAAGAUAAAUUGACUGAUAGACUCUGCUGUUUACUUCACUAUCACCACAUGAAAUUUGACCUCAGCCAGACUAAUAAUUAAUACAGAGGUGAAAUCAUAAAAAUCA